UUUAGACUUCGAUUGACUCAGCGCGGUGGAAGGACGACGACGAAGAAAAGAAAGAAAAAAAAAAGUUCAGCAAACCCAAAAGUUCUCUGUGCAUCACGUUUAAAAUAAUUGCAAUAAAAAAUUAAUUUUUAAUAAUUAAUAAAUCACCUUAAUUCCAAUUUAAAUAAAUAAUAUCUACCAAUUAUGGCUGAUUCGAAAAAUGAUGAUUUAGCUACCGCUAUUUUGAAGAGGAAGGAUCGCCCAAACCGUUUGAUUGUUGAAGAGGCCAUCAAUGAUGAUAAUUCUGUUGUUUCAUUGUCCCAGACUAAGAUGGAUGAAUUGCAACUGUUCCGUGGUGAUACCGUUCUCUUAAAAGGAAAACGUCGCAAAGAAACGGUUUGCAUCGUCCUGUCCGACGAUAGCUGUCCCAAUGAGAAGAUCCGCAUGAAUCGUGUUGUCCGAAACAAUUUGUGUGUUCAUCUUUCUGAUGUUGUGUCUAUUCAAUCAUGCCCUGAUGUUAAGUAUGGCAAGCGUGUACGCAUCUUGCCUUUUGAUGAUACCACCGAGGGUGUUACUGGAAAUUUGUUUGAAGUUUACUUGAAACCAUAUUUCCUUGAGGCAUAUCGUCCCAUUCACAUGGGCGACAACUUCAUUGUACGCACUGCGAUGCGUCCAAUUGAAUUCAAAGUGGUCUUAACUGAUCCCGAACCAUAUUGUAUUGUUGCACCGGAGACUGUCAUCUUCUCCGAUGGAGAUCCAAUUAAACGAGAGGAAGAAGAAGAAUCCCUCAAUGCUGUUGGUUACGACGACAUUGGAGGCUGCCGGAAACAACUGGCCCAAAUUAAAGAAAUGGUUGAAUUACCACUUCGUCAUCCAUCGCUCUUCAAGGCGAUCGGUGUUAAGCCACCUCGUGGUAUUCUUAUGUACGGUCCACCCGGUACUGGUAAGACUCUGAUUGCCCGUGCUGUGGCCAACGAAACUGGAGCAUUCUUCUUCCUCAUCAACGGUCCGGAGAUUAUGUCCAAAUUGGCUGGUGAAUCUGAAUCCAACUUGCGUAAGGCUUUCGAGGAGGCUGAGAAGAACUCCCCGGCCAUCAUCUUCAUUGAUGAAAUCGAUGCUAUUGCCCCCAAACGUGACAAGACACACGGAGAAGUCGAGCGUCGUAUUGUAUCGCAGUUGUUGACUUUGAUGGACGGUAUGAAGAAAAGCUCACAUUUGAUUGUUAUGGCCGCCACUAACAGGCCAAACUCAAUUGACCCUGCCCUACGUCGUUUCGGACGCUUCGAUCGUGAAAUCGAUAUUGGUAUCCCCGAUGCCACUGGACGUCUCGAAGUACUGAGAAUUCACACCAAGAACAUGCGUCUGGCUGAUGAUGUUGAUCUAGAGCAAAUCGCUGCUGAGACACACGGUCAUGUGGGAGCCGAUUUGGCUUCAUUGUGCUCGGAAGCAGCUUUGCAACAAAUCCGUGAAAAGAUGGAUCUGAUCGAUCUUGAAGAUGACAAGAUCGACGCCGAAGUGCUGGCUUCUUUGGCUGUCACCAUGGAUAACUUCCGUUAUGCCAUGACAAAAUCAAGCCCAUCUGCACUCAGGGAAACGGUUGUCGAAGUUCCAAACACAACCUGGACCGAUAUUGGUGGUCUGGAGAAUGUCAAGAAGGAACUUCAAGAACUGGUGCAAUACCCAGUCGAGCAUCCAGAUAAGUUUUUGAAAUUCGGCAUGCAGCCAAGUCGUGGUGUGUUGUUCUAUGGACCACCUGGUUGUGGUAAGACUUUGCUGGCCAAGGCCAUUGCCAACGAAUGCCAGGCCAAUUUCAUUUCGGUCAAGGGCCCUGAACUGUUGACAAUGUGGUUCGGUGAAUCCGAGGCUAAUGUUCGUGACAUUUUCGACAAAGCACGUUCAGCUGCACCAUGUGUUCUCUUCUUCGAUGAAUUGGACUCGAUCGCAAAGGCUCGUGGUGGAAAUGUUGGUGAUGCUGGUGGUGCUGCUGACCGUGUCAUCAAUCAGAUUCUCACUGAAAUGGACGGUAUGGGAGCCAAGAAGAACGUGUUCAUUAUCGGAGCAACCAACAGGCCCGAUAUCAUUGAUCCAGCAAUCUUGCGUCCCGGACGUUUGGAUCAACUUAUCUAUAUUCCACUUCCGGAUGAUAAGUCACGUGAAGCUAUCCUCAAGGCUAACCUGAGGAAGUCUCCUCUGGCCAAGGAGGUCGAUCUCAACUACAUUGCUAAGGUUACACAAGGAUUCUCUGGCGCUGAUUUGACUGAGAUUUGCCAACGUGCGUGCAAGCUUGCUAUCCGCCAAGCAAUCGAAGCCGAGAUCCGUCGGGAAAAGGAUAGAGCUGAGAAUCAAAGCUCAGCCAUGGAUCAGAUGGACGAAGAUGAUCCAGUUCCAGAAAUCACUCGCGCCCACUUCGAGGAGGCAAUGAAAUUCGCCCGAAGGUCGGUGUCUGACAACGAUAUCAGAAAGUAUGAAAUGUUUGCACAGACACUUCAACAAUCUCGUGGUUUUGGAUCAAACUUUAGAUUCCCAUCGAGCUCAGGACCAUCAUCUCAAGGAGCUGGUCCAAAUGCUCCCGUGAAUCCGCCAGGUGACAAUGGUGACGAUGACCUCUACAGUUAGAUUUUUGUCUUAGUUUAUAAUUUUUUAAUAAAACACAAGUAAAAGUAAUCCCAAUUGAAUACAAAAAUAAAACGAAAACAUUAUUUAAUAA